AACCCACAACUAAUAUAUAAAAUAUAAAUAUAAAUAAGUCAUUAAUCAUUAAUAAAUAAAAAAGAGCUACGGACAGUCGACAUUUGGCGAUUCUGGCAAAGCCACUGCUCAGCGAGAAAAAGGAAACGCAGCCAAAGAAGCUACCAGAACGAGAAAAUUUUCUCAAAAAACAAGGGUCCCAGCAUACUAAAAUCAUUACGAAACUCUCUGUUCGAAUCUAUCUGUACUUGAUUUUCAGGGAUUUCAUUCAUACCUUGGGUAGAACAAGAUUCUUAGCUCGGAGAAAGAUUCUUUAGGGAUCCGUUUUCAUUUAGAUUUACGAAAAUGGGGUCGAAUAUGAACUUUAAGGGCACGGGGAACGAUCCCUCGGCUAACGGCGGUGGUGGCCGGCCGCCGGGAAAUAAUCAGCUGGUAAGACAGUCCUCGAUCUAUUCUCUAACUUUCGAUGAGUUUCAGAGUACUGUGGGUGGCAUAGGAAAGGACUUCGGGUCAAUGAAUAUGGAUGAGCUUUUGAAGAACAUUUGGAGCGCUGAAGAGAUCCAGAGCAUGGCCUCGGUUGGUACUUCGACUACUGGUCAAACUGGGGUUGGUGCGCCUCUUCAAAAACAGGGCUCGUUGACACUGCCGAGAACGCUGAGCCAGAAGACAGUAGAUGAGGUUUGGAGGGACUUGUCCAAGGACGGGUCUGGAGCUGCUGGGCCUAACUUACCGCAGAGGCAGCAAACUUUGGGGGAGAUGACUUUGGAGGAGUUCUUGGUGAGAGCCGGGGUUGUUCGAGAAGAUAGCCAAUUGGCCGGAAAGCCAUCUAACAAUUGUGGCUUCUUUGGUGAUUUAUCGUGCUCCGUUAAUAAUGAUAAUUCGGGUUUGGGAAUUAGUUUUGAGCAGGCUAAUCGGGGUGCGACAAUGGUCGUUAAUCGGAUUCCAGAGACUAACAAUCAGAUUCCUAUCCAAGCUGCGAAUUUGCCUUUGAACGUUAAUGGGGUUCGAUCGAAUCAGCAGCACUUGGCCCAGCAGCAACACCAACAGCUGGCCCAGCAACAAAUUUUUCCCAAGCAGCCAACUGUGACUUAUGCAUCUCAUUUGCCUUUGCAAACGGGUGGUCAGCUGGGUAGUCCUGGAGUGAGGGGUGGGAUUAUGGGGAUGACGGAUCAGGGUUUAAGUAAUGCUUUGGUUCAGGGUGGAGGGAUGGGAAUGGUUGGAUUAGGAGCUGGGGCCAUUACUAUGGGGACUGGGUCCCCGGCGAACCAAAUAUCUUCUGAUGGGAUGAAGAGUAACGGUGAUACCUCAUCUGUUUCGCCGGUUCCUUUUGUAUUUAAUGGUGGUUUGAGGGGUAGAAAAUGCAGUGGGGCUGUGGAGAAAGUUGUCGAGCGGAGGCAAAGGAGAAUGAUUAAAAACAGAGAGUCAGCUGCCAGGUCCCGCGCUCGAAAGCAGGCUUACACUAUGGAACUGGAAGCAGAAGUUGCCAAGUUAAAAGAGAAGAACGAAGAAUUGAAGAAGAAACAGGAAGAAUUUGUGGAAAUGCAGAAAAAAACAGGUAAUGGAGAUGAUAAACCUGCAGCGAGAAGUAAAGAAACGGUGCUUGAGAAGAACGCAGACUGGGCCUUGGUGAAGUGUGCUGCGGCGGUGAGAAUGUGAGUCUUUUUUAUGGUAGGUGUCUUUGUACAUAUCUAAGGCCGAAAGUGUUUUCAGCCGUAGAAGAUCAUGAGAGCAUUAGUGUGUUGUAGGCUUACCCUUUUAAUAUUAAUAUUAUUGUUAUUAUUAUGAUCCCCAACUAUCGUUGCUUCUCCUUCGUAACAUUACGUACAGAUAGGGAAGAUGAGGUAGCAGAAUACAUAAUGUGAGAUAUUUCAAAUCACGUUAGUUUCUACCAUUACUAGUCAACCAAAUAUCUUUUAAUUCACAGGUUGCAUUACUUUUUCGCC